GAGCGGCUGCCAUGUAGAGCCUGCACACAUUCAUCCGACCCACCACUUACCACUUUACGUUUUCCCGGACAUGCCGUUAGUUAGGUGGCACUAUCACUUCUUUUUUCAAUAGGGAUCAGCAGCUUUGGGGGUGAGCAGGCCGUGGCUCGGAGCUGCUUACCGGAAAUCUGGUCACAGGCCAUAUGUUUGCCCGGUCGCGUGGAGACGGUCAACGCUGCCUUUAAAGCCCCCCCGACCAUACAAACCGGUUCCGCCGGCUUACCGUGGCUUUGGCAUCUGUGCGGUAAAUGUAGGGCAUGGCUGUUUGCUCGUCUGCCCCGGUGGUUUUAAACAAGCGAGCCCAGGCUGCGACUUGUAGUUGUGUUGCUCUGCUGCGCCGCGACAACAUCUCUGCACUGUGUCCACGAUGAGGCUGAGGUCGAGGAGCAGGGAGAGAGGGGAGAGACAGAGGGAGGAAGAGGUGAAAUUCGAGGAGAGUGAAAUGAUUCCAAAGUCAGGAAAAUCUCCAGCAGACUCCAGGAAAAGUGUCGGCAUCCAUGAGUUCGCAGCACUCGCCAGAUCCUCCUUAAAUGGUAUCUCUCAGGCAGUGAGGGACCACGUGACCAAGCCCACCUCCCUGGCUCAAGGCCGGGUCGCCCACCUCAUCGAGUGGAAAGGUUGGCCCAAGCCUGCGAACCCUCCGCCGGCUCACACCCACCUCAGCUCCUACUGCCACCUGACUGAAGGAGAGAAGGAGGCCCGGUUCGCUGCAGGAGUGGCCGAGCAGUUCGCCAUCGCCGAGGCAAAGCUGCGCGCCUGGGCGUCUGUGGACGAAGAUGACGUGGAAGACUUCAACGACGAAGAAUCCCACGCCAACGGACAGACUCUCACCUCCAUCCAGAGCUCAGACACCGCCACAACCAAUCCUAUCACAGGACCGACAUGCCAGCCUGAAGUUGAUGGCAGUGAGGCUCCGCCCUCCGACAGUCCCCUGGGCUCCAGCAGCAGCAGCAGCAGUCAGCUCUGUGGUAGAUCUGCGUCUCAUAAUGACCCACAUUCAUCCCAGACCAAUUCACCUACUUUACCCAACGACAGCAUGAGCCCCUUCCUGGAGGAGGAAGAGGAGGAGGAGAGGCUGGGUGGUCACGAGAAGCAGCAUGUUACUUCGCAGGAGCAGAGCAGCGAGGUCUACAUCCACAAGCCCGAGUGGAGGCCUCGAAGCAGGAGCAGCAGGUUCGACUCCUGCUACUCCACCUCCGAGUCUCCUGGGGAGGACGAGGAGGAAGACGAGGAGGAGGACGGCAGCGUGUUCCACGAGGUCCGAGUGUGGCACUGCAGAAGCUUCUUCUCUUCUGACCGGACCUCCUCUGGAGUGGCGUCCUUCGACGAAGAGGAGGAGAGGGAUGAAGAAGAGGAGGAGGAGAAGAAGGAGGGGAAGGAGUUCUUGAUGUGAUGUGACGUCCAUCUUUAUGUCUCUGUGUUGAUUGACACGAUCUGUUCCGCUUUCACUGUUGACCUCUCUCCUCCUCCUCCUCCUCCUCUUCCUCCCCUCCUUUCCUCUGAUCCUCUCCACUCGCUGCCUUCUGUCCUCUCCUCCUCCAGGCCUUUCAUGCACUGACCUUGUCCACCGUUUCUCGCUGCUGUAAACAGUAUAUGUAUAUAUAUAUCGGAGAGUUCAACCAGAAUGUAAAACUGUUGUUCAAACUGAGUUUUGUACAUUUGUGUGAAGAGUCAUGUGUUGCUAUUGCGUCGGUUUUCUAUGGAUAUUUUGUAGUGUUAUUUUUUUUUUCCUGGGUCAUGCUGUGUCAUGUGGGUCGGGCUAUGUUUGAUACUGAGUGUCUGAAUGUCCUGCAUAGAUAAACAUGAGUUGUGUGUUGUUUUUUUUUUGAAGAAUGACUCUGUGGCUUUUUUCUCUUUCUCUCCUCAACAAACACAAACUGAACACACCGGAAGCAGCGGUGGAAGAAGUACUAAGAUCAUUUCCUCAAGUGAACAUAUCAGUACCACAGUGCAGAGCAAAGAACAGAAGCUUUAAAACACACUUAAUAUACUCAAAGUACAGUACUGAUAUUGCAGAAUGACCCAUUUCAGAAUAAUGUAGGCCAACAUCAUUUUCGCGGAUCAUAAUCUGUAAUUUGGUGGAUUAUGGCAUGUGUGGAGCUGUUAAAGCUGGGGCUAAUUUUAAAUACUUUAUCCACUGUUCUGUAGCUCCAAAGGUAACUGCACCUGUUUCACACAUGAACGUGUAUAUGGAGUUGUUGGUGAGUACUAUUACUUAUGUGAAAAAAAGUAGUAUAAAGUUUUUUCUGGCUCCAUGUAAUCUGAUGAAUUGCCUCUAGUGAUGUCACUCAGGGGCUGAGUUGCAUUGUGGGUAACACAGGCACCAGGUUUUGGAAAGGAUUACACUCCAUUACACUGUUUGACCCACGAUCCAAUGGUGAUAUAUUAAAAAUAAACUUUAUUUAUGUAGCACUUUUCUAAAUAAGGUUACAAAGUGCUUCACAGAAAAUAAAAAAUAAAAAAGACCAUACGAUGGCUAAAAACAACACGGAUGAAGAGACACGGUUUAAAAAGCGAAGACCUAGGUUAGUGAUUUUAUCGAGUUAAUACUACUGAGACUAUAAUUAUUGCUUAGCCCACUUAACUUAAGCUUCUGAAGCCUUGAAAGUGCUGCAGGUCUGUUAUCAUGAUACCUCGUUACUUACACCGGUUCCACCGAGAGGCAGCGUCAUUGUUGGCAGUCAGGAAACUCGCAGGUACAUCAGAACCAGAGAUAUCAGCUUUUAUAUUCCACACAUUCAUCUUCCUUCUCAAAACCUGGAGUCUACAUUACCCACAAUGCAACUUAACCACUGAGUGACAUCACUGGAGGCUAUUUGUCAGAUUAUAUGCAGCUUCUUCUGGAGCCACAAAAGAUUUUAUACUACUUUGUAUCACAUAUGCAGUAAAAGACCUGUAAACACACUUUAAUGUGUGAAAUUGGUGGCGUUACCCUUUAAUCUAAAAUAAUACAUGGUUUUAGUUGAUACGUUUUGUAUCGUUUUUGGUGCUGCAGUAUUUUCUAGGCAUAGGAAAAUAUGACGUUAUAUAUUAUAUAGAAUAUAUAAUAUAUAUAAUAUUUCAUGUGAAGAUUAUCUCGUCCAACGUAAUUUUACAAUAUCUAUAUAUUCUCCUGAUAAUCUUUCAAAUAUUCUUAAAACUUAUCCAUCGGGGUUUCAUAAAAACUAAAUUUGGAAUCACUUCAAACUCAUAUUUUGUUAGGACACACACAAAUAUUUGGUCAUAAACAAAUCAUUAAUUAAUCAUAAAUCAGGUCACCCUGCAUAAACAAAGGAUAUAAAUAACUGGUGAUUUCUCACCUCCCGGUCGUCUUUUGGUUUGGAAUUCCUGCAGUAUUUACACACAUCUGAUCUGACUUGUUUUUGCAGGUGACAUGAUGCGUAAACCACACGUUCAGCCAAGGUGAGGGGCCUGAGGCAUUUCAAAAUAAAACAGGAAACUGAUACAGGAUGAACGUCAGCGAGCUAGAGGAUGUUGAUGAUUAUCUUGAUUUGCGAUUAUCACGAUAAUGACGAUUCCCCACAAUCAACUUCCUGUGAAUUUUUUUUACAGACACUAAAUAAAAGCAUGAACCUGAAAAUGAAAGUAAAAUGAGAUCAUCAAAGCAACUAGUGACUCACUUCAUUAGAUAAACAAAAUGUUGAUUAAAAACGGCAGACAACAUGAUGCUAUGCAGCUGAGUGCAAGGAAGAAACACAACUUCUCAUCUUGUUUUUUUUUUUUUUUAAAGGUGUUUUUUGUUCUUUUUCAAUUUUAAUCAUUCACUCAUGUACAAAAAACAAUUUCAUGUUUCUCUGAAAAAUAACAAUGGCUGUCGGAUCUCAAAUGCAUAAUUCUCCUAUGUACAGUAGCGUGUGCGCAGAUCUCGUCCGUGUAUGUUCAUAUGUACAAAAGCAUAUACAGGCCAGUGCCAUAUAAAGGGAGAUACUACAGACUUAUUGCUUAACUAGAUACGCUGCAAAUUAGCUUAUACACUCUCUACAUUUAACUCCUUAUACGUUUAUCUUAUAUGGCGAGCACUACUUCACACUCUAUAUGCAGAACGGAAAAGGUAGGACGCUAAGAAAUCGUUGCACAAAUGUUUACACGGACCCAAAAAAAGGAAAAAAGAAAAGAAAAAAAGAGCGCUGCGAUGACGUCACGUAAGAUUGAAGAAGAUAUGGCUCAAAAAUUGUCGCGUGAAGCUAAAAAUACUUUAGGUCAUAACAAGGACUCUCUCACACACACACACACACACACACUUUGCUCUACGACAGUUUUUUGGGGGUAUCGCUGUGCUUCAGACAGAAGUUACAUUUCUCGACGUUGCAUUAGAGGCCAGGCUGGAUUAAGAUACGUGUAACAUAUCACGGUGUUAGUGACUAUCUACAGGCCGUAUACAUGUGUGCGCUUAAGUGUAUAUAUGUGUGUGUGUGUGCUUUGUGUGCUCUGUACAACUUCCUGCAUCUUCCCCCCCCAUUUUAUUUUUCUCACUCUGAGCUUCAAAGUGUUGUUCCUUUUAUCAUGCUAGAAACACGUUAAACACAGUUAAUUCACACAGCAAGGGAAAAAAAUGCGGAGGCAAGUUCAAGUGGCAAGGACGGCGCAUCUACAUUCGCCCUUGUUCAAUCGGCCCCUGCUGAAAAGCCAAACAAGGCUACAUGUGCAGGGGAAAUUAUACUCAUGGUAAUUACAAUGUGCUUCAUCGUUAUUUGGAGCCCUGUACUAAACUCGGUGGACCUUUGGAAGCUGCCUUUGUCUUCAUGUGAACAGUUUAUUUUGGGGGAUUUUGGGGGGCUGAUAUGACCCGACACAAAUAUUUAGUCAUCAAAGAAAAGAAAAAGGAAAAGAAAGGCUACUGAUAACGACACGGACAAACUAGUGAUGACGCUGUUGCUGUUAUAUCACCUUUUACUGCAUUAUUACUGUAAAUGUAUUGCAUAUCAGCCAACAUGUAACCGACACCACUGCGUCUCUUCUGGCCCCUCGGAUGUGUUAGUCGGGAAUGUGCUCAUUUGAAUACUUUCCUCUGUUCUUCUGUGCUUGCCUCUCUGUUAUUCACGCCUAACUCUGCCCCAUGUGCCUCGUUUCCCUCCUCGUUAUGUUUGAAGUCGUGUUUACAGGAUGAAAAUAUAUAUAUAUAUAUAUAUAUAUAUAUAUAUAUAUAUAUAUAUAUAUAUAUAUAUAUAUAUAUAUAUAUAUAUAUAUAUAUAUAUAUAUAUAUAUAUAUAUAUAUAUAUAUAUAUAUAUAUAGACUCAAAUUAUGUCAACGAAUCUGGAUUGGAUUUGAGCAUGGCAAGAAAAGUGUCAAAAAGUCUCUUUCUUUCUCGCACACAAUCACACACACACACACACACACAUUUAAAAGAUAAAGCUGGUGAUAUUCUGUAUUUUUCUAUAUCGUUAACAAAUCCCAUGAAUGCUGCAAUUUAUUCGAAAAAAACUAAGACACAUGAAUGAACCACAUCGUCGCACUGGAUGACAUGUUCCUGAAUAUAGCCUGAAAGUGGUCCCAGCAAAUUUACCCUGUUUGAGUGACGUGUUCAUUCAUCACAAUGAAUUUCGGGCACUACAUGGUGAAUAUCCCACAAACAAAACUCCUGGUGCUGUAAAAAUACUUGAGUAACCAAAAGGCUGAGAGACAAAUUCACUAUUUAUUCUUGUCCGAGUGAUAAAACCCUCAGUGUCCGGCUUUUUUUUUUUUUAAAUGAAAAUAUAUUGAUAAAAUAAUC